UUUUGAUUGUCACUUUGCGACUGCUGGUGAAUGUGAAUGUGUCAAGAGCAGCAUCUGUUGACAUGACGUUGAUGAUGCAGUUUAUUCGGAAUUGAGUCUGUAGUGCGUCGCUAAGCCUGUUGCAAAGUAAACGCUUUUAUGAAAGUUUCCUAGAGGCACAUAUAUACUAUGAUUUCAGUCGUAUACAGAUUACCUGCGUACAAAAUUCUAAUCGGAAAAUGAAGAAAAACUUAUGUUGUCAUUUGGGCAUCAUAUAAGAAACUAGUUUAUUUCAGUGUUUUGCAGAGAGUGGUGUUCCUAACGCCAUUGGAUUGUGGAAAGAUGGAAGGCAAGGAAAGAAACGAGCACAUUCUUGCUUUGAAAGUUAUGCGACUUACAAGACCAACUUUAUCAAGUCCAUUAAUCGUGACAAGUGAUGCGAAAGAUCUGCCAGGAAACCUGUUCAACAAUGAUCUGAAGCAUGACAUUACUUCUGUAUCAAGUGUUGAGACACUAGCUGCUGGACAGUUUCUCCUGUUACCACAAAGUUUUGGAAAUAUUUAUCUUGGCGAAACCUUCUCAAGCUAUAUUUGUGUCCACAAUGACAGUAACCAGGUAGCAAGUGAUGUUUCUGUCAAGGUGGAUCUGCAGACAAAUUCCCAACGUAUUCCUCUAUCGGGUGGCCACUCAGAAGCUGUCGCUAAAGAGCUUCAUCCACAAGAGACUGUUGAUGAUGUGAUUCAUCAUGAAGUAAAGGAGGUUGGUACACACAUACUACUUUGUGAAGUGAGCUACAAUUCACCCAUGAAGAAUCAUUUAUCAUUUCGCAAGUUUUUUAAAUUUGAAGUAUUCAAACCUUUGGAUGUAAAAACAAAGUUUUAUAAUGCAGAGUCUGACGAAGUUUACCUAGAAGCCCAAGUACAGAAUAUUACGUCAGGCCCCAUCUGUUUGGAGAAAGUAUCUUUGGAAUCUUCACAUCUUUUCAAUGUGACAGCCUUAAACUCAACUCCAGCUGGAGAAUCUGUUUUUGGCCGAGUGAACGUUCUUCAGCCACAAGCAAGCCGACAGUUUCUUUAUUGCCUUGCUCCACAGCCGUCACUGACAUCUGAUUUGAGACUACUUGCUGGUGCUACAAAUAUAGGAAAACUUGAUAUAGUGUGGAGAUCUAACCUUGGGGAACGGGGAAGAUUACAGACAAGUCAGUUGCAAAGGAUGGCUCCAGAUUAUGGGGACAUACGUUUGUCUGUGCAAGAACUCCCAAAUAUUGUGAUUUUAGAGGAAGCCUUCACGAUUGUGUGCAGGAUAAUCAACACAUGUGAAAGAUCAAUGGACCUCGUGUUGGGACUUGAGUCAUCAGCAGCAUCUGGUCUUGUUUGGAGUGGAGUGUCUGGCAGGCAGAUGGGUAAAUUGGAACCUGGGGCUUCAGUAUAUUUCUCUCUCUGUUUAGUUCCUACAACACCAGGUUUACAGAACAUAUCAGGAAUUCGCCUCACAGACAUUUUUCUAAAAAGGACAUAUGAUUAUGAUGAGCUGGCACAAGUAUUUGUUACACAGAAAUCGAACUGAAUAAUACAGAAAUGAUAGAUAAAAUAAAAUUCUAGAAAUUCUGUCUAAA